AUGCAUGACCUUUAUGAAGGGGUCAUCCCAUUUGUCAUGAAGCAUGUCAUCCAGCGCAUUGUAUCAAGUCAGCUUCUAACUCUAGACCAGCUGAAUGAGCGGCUUGCCAAAUGUCCUUUUCAAGGAGGGGACAAAAAGUCUAGACUGCCUCCCCUGUCAUGUGCAGCAGUGUUUGGGAGAACAACCAUCAAGGGUUCAGCUGCUGCAAAGCUCUGCUUUUUUCGUUUUUUCUCUCUGCUCGUCGGAGACAGUGUCCCACAAGAAAAUCCUGCCUAUCAAGUAUACCUCGAACUCCGUGCGAUAGUCAACAUUGUUCUUGCACCACAGGUGUCUCGUGGUUCUGUUGCCUGUUUGAAGGUGCUUAUUGAGGACUUCUACAGUGCAUUUAAGGAAACUUUUGCAGAUGUGAGCAUUAUCCCAAAGAUGCACUAUCUGAUUCAUUACCCCAGCCUUCUACUUUUGUACGGCCCUCUUUCUAAACUGUCCUGCAUGCGUUUUGAAGCAAAGCAUCAAUUUUUUAAGUCACUCACUAGGAAAGUACGCAACUUCAAGAACAUUUCUUCAACACUGAGUCGUCGACAUCAAAUGCAACUUAUGUAUGCCUUGACGCAACCUCAAGAAUCACUGACUGUCAUAGGGAGCAAGAGACUAGAGCCAGACUCAUUACCUGACCUCUUGAAAGACAGACUUCAAGAACUCUGCCCGACUACAGCAGACGUGCACUGUGUGGAUUCUGUUACUGUUUCUGGAAGGACGCUAAGUGUGGGUGCUGCCAUACCUUUGCUUGUACCAGAUGAUGACCUUCCCGAGUUUGCUAAAGUGGCACUGAUUGCAGUUUGUAACCUCAAGUUGUUUGUUUUUGCCACCAUUCUUGACACAAAGUAUUUUGAUGAACAUUUUCAUGCUUUGUUGUAG